GAAAAGAAUCUGGAUGACCGAGCUUAUCGGGAUAUCAGUGAACUUGAGACAUAUGCUGAAAAUACACAGAGCUCACUCCUUUAUCUCACCCUAGAAACACUUGGUGUGAGGGACAUCCAUGCAGACCAUGCAGCCAGUCACAUAGGGAAGGCACAAGGCAUUGUAACCUGUUUAAGGGCAACUCCAUAUCAUGCUAGCAGAAGGAAGGUGUUUCUCCCCAUGGAUAUUUGCAUGCUGCAUGGGGUUUCUCAAGAGGAUUUCAUAAGAAACAAGGAGGCGAAGAAAAUAAGAGAUGUUUUGUAUGACAUUGCAAGUCAAGCCCAUGUUCAUCUGGAACACGCCAGGUCCUUCAAGAAGAAUGUCCCUGCCAAAGCAUUUCCUGCCUUUCUUUGUACGGUUGCUAUUGAAGAUUAUUUACAUAAAAUACAAAAAGCUGACUUCAAUGUAUUUCAUCCAAGUUUGCACCAGAAGAGCACUUUACUACCUCUGCAUUUGUAUAUUAGAUCAUGGAAAAAAGCUUAUUGAAAAAUA